AUGGUGACCGUCCCGCUCCUCGCAAGUAACAAGGACAAUGUGAUCCCAGAGAACCUGGUCAUGCAGGAGAAAGACAGCAGUCCACAAAGGCCCGCCAACGUCCCGCUGCAGAAUACAACCUGGAAACCAGAAGCUUUCAUCAGCCUACCUCCACGUGGCAGGUCCAAAGUCCUGGACGCCAUCGCCGCCACUUUCUGCAUCAACCCGAAUAGGAUGAGCGAGGUGACGAUCCUCAAGGAGAGGGAAUGGAAUAGCGGAAAGUGA